AAGCAGAAACUGGUCGGUGGACUUGGGUGAAACGAAGAGGCGAUGAUCUGUUUGUUGAUAUCAUAGCCGCGCGUCACAAGACUGCUUCACGCACGCUGUGGCAAUUGUCAAAGUGAAAUGAUCGUUUCUAGACAGAGGUAACGGUUGUACGCAUCGUGAUGUUCAAUAGGAAAGGCCUAUUUUGGAAAACCGAAGGAUUCCACUACGGUUACUCGACGCCGUACCAACUAUUUGAUGCCGCGAAAGGCAGCUUGUCCUUCGUACAAAAACUGCGCCUUGAAGUCAAACUUCCUGUGCACAACGGCUGUGUUAACACUAUAUGCUGGAACGAUGCGGGCACAUAUCUGCUGUCCGGCUCCGACGACCAACAUCUGUGCAUCACAAAUGCACACACACAUGUGAUUCUGGCACAGAUAAGGACUGGCCACACGGCAAAUAUAUUCAGUGCAAAGUUUCUUCCAAGUUCUGGAGAUCGUUUGGUGGUGUCCUGCUCAGGAGAUGGCGCCAUACUUUUCUCAGAUGUGGAGCGUCCAGAGACAAGCCUGCGCAACCUGUUCAACUGCCACUUUGGCACUGCGUACGAGAUUGCCACGGUUCCGAAUGACCCCCACAGCUUCCUCUCGUGUGGUGAAGAUGGCACAGUGCGCUGGUUUGACCUGCGCACCAAGACAAGCUGCUCUGCUGAUGACUGUUCCGAGGAUGUCCUGAUUAACUGCCAUCGUGCAAUUACUUCAAUUGCUGUGAAUCCAUUGACACCAUACUACUUAGCUGUAGGGUGCUCAGACUCAGCUGUCAGGGUGUUUGACCGGCGAAUGCUUGGAACUCGAGCUACCGGUAAUUUCAUGAGCAACAGCAUGGAUGCCAUGACAUCACGGCUCACUGUUCCUGAAUUUGAGGGCCGAAGUCACCGAAUUACUUCACUGACGUACAGUGCCAACGGGCAGGAGAUGCUGGUCAGCUACUCUUCAGACUACAUCUACCUGUUUGAUGCAAUGGGAAGUGCACAAGAGGAACCGAAGUCAUAUGGCACAGAUGGAAGGAACUGCAGUGCUACAGAGGCCAAGCAGAAGGAAUGCCAUGUUUCAAUGAAGCGUCUUCGGGUUCGGGGAGACUGGUCAGACACCGGACCCAAUGCUAGGCCUGAGUGUGAAAUGAGGGCACUCGGUGAACAACAGCCGCGCUCGCUGCAUGCAAGCUUGAUGCAACGCAUGUCUGACGUGCUGACACGCAUGUUUAACUCGUCCACUGGAGCUGGCAGAACAGCAGCUGCAACUGCCAGGCCUCAUGCAGGCUCGUCACUCUCGUCUUCGUCUUCAGCCUCGCCUGGACACAGCGGAGGCGACAGCUCCACAGAUGAAGACGUGGAGGCCACUGUGGCUAGGCACUCGCGAAGUGUGAGGCUUGCCAGAGCCAUCAAGCAACGCAUCCGGCGAAAAAUGGCCAGCAGGGCUGCUCAGCAAGAAAAUUCAGAGAGGGAAGGAGAGGCCACGGCACAGGACACAUUGUCAAAUGUGGUGGCACUGGACUUGUCUCAACCGAGUGCCAGCACCUCUGGUCAAGCGACGUCUGACGAAAUCAAGCAGCAGAAGCGACUGGGAGAUGCUUGUCCAGCAUGCAGCAGUGGCAGUGUUAGGCAGGACAGCUCAAAGAAUGCCUCGCAGCCAGUGCCAGCAGCGGGUCCUCGGCGCUCACCGAACCAGUCGGAUGAUGACGACGAUGCUGCGUUCCAGGACUCUGUGGAGAGCGUUUCUGAAAAUGAGUGCUUCCAGUCAGCAGCAGAGAACAUAUCUCCGGCUGGUGAAAAUGGGAAAGACAACGCACUGUUGGACGAUUUCUCGUCUCCAUCAAGAGAAAUAGGAGCUGCAUCAGCAACAGCAAAGAAUGCCAGUGCUGAUAACACGAGCGAAGAUGAAAAUCCAAACCUGAAUGAUGAUUCUGCUUUUCAUUGGAGGAGACAAUCUGCAACGCCACCACGAGCACCUUCGGAGGCUAGCCCACAGCGAACAGGCGACAGCACUUCUCCUGUGAGCAGCAGAGCACAUUCUGUGUCUAGGCAGCCAGUGGUGCCUGACUCGGACAGUGUCUUACGUGCCAUGGCUGAAGACUUACAUCUCGAAAAGGAGUGUGUAGAGGAGCCUUCAUUCACAAAAACUGUGACUGGGCCUCGUGCUCGGAAGCGCUACACUGGGCAUCGCAACUCCAGGACAAUGAUCAAAGAGGCCACCUUCUGGGGCAAUGAAUUUGUGAUGAGUGGUUCUGACUGUGGCCACAUCUUUAUCUGGCACAAGGAGACCUGCGAGCUGGUCAUGAUCAUGGAAGCAGACCACCACGUUGUGAAUUGCUUGCAGCCGCACCCUUUUGGCCCAGUUUUGGCGUCAAGUGGAAUAGACUACGACAUCAAAAUCUGGGCUCCUCUUCGGGAAGAACCUUUCUUCGACACUGAAAAGGCUGCAGAGAUGAUCAAACGCAACGAGGUGAUGCUGGAGGAAACAAAGGACACAAUUACUGUGCCAGCUUCCUUCAUGAUUCGUAUGCUUGCAUCGUUAAACCACCUGCGAUCUUCAGGUUCUGGAAUUCAGGGUUGGCGACGGCUGGUGCGCGAUGCUCGAACAGACGACUCCGACAGCAGCAACCAUUGAUGAAAUCUCACCUUUCUUCUUUUGCAUUUUUAAUUUUCAAAGCUUAUCUUUAUUGCCUAGUCUACCGCCCAGACAGAUUUAUUUUCAUGUGCGAGUGUUUUGAUCAUGCCGCAUUUAAUUAAUUGCCCACUGUUCCAUGCAGCAACAUAUUUUUUCCUCAUUGCUGCAGUCCUAUACUAUUUAUUGCAAGUGGUUCCUGCCAGGAUGCCACUGUUGAAUGUGCAAAUAAGUUGUCCAUAGAACACUAGAAUGGGCAAUGUCACCAAGGUUUCAGGUGCAUGAAUAAAUUGUGUGUGGCCCAGUGA